AUGUUUUGGGAGAAAAAAAUCGAGCUGCAUGCAAAACACCUGCAGAACGAGGCCGCGAGGACCUGCAGCAGCGCCCUGGACAGCACAGCCCCGCAGGUCAGCGGUCACAGCAGGAGGGAAUACAACUGCGAACAGCACCACAUUAACUCAGCUUACAACCACCACCUGGUCACCAGCCUCAACCUUGUCCUACACAUGCCAUCAGGCCCUGGAAGCUUCUGGGUCUCCUGCCCAGGGGUGCAGGCCCCAGGGAUGGGCUCCGGGGCAGACAGCGAGAAGAGAACCCUGGAGCCCCCCACAGAGAGCCCCAGCCCCCCACCCAGACUCACUGGCCAGUUACAGGGGCUGGUCAUCGGCAUCACAAGUGUGCUGGUGGGGGUCCUGUUCCUCCUACUGCUGACCUGGGUCCUGGCCGCUGCCUUCCCCAGGGCCGCCCAAGGUGCUUGUGCCUGUGGGAGUGAGGAGGAGCCCCUGAAGGAGGGCCCCUCUGCAGCGCCUGUGUUCACCGUGGACUACGGGGAGCUGGACUUCCAGUGGCGAGAGAAGACGCCGGAGCCUCCCGCCCCCUGUGCCCCCGAACAGACAGAGUAUGCCACAAUUGUCUUUCCGAGCAGGCCAGGGUCUCCGGGCCGCAGGGCCUCAGCCAACAGCCCGCAGGGACCCCAGCCUCUGAGCCCCGAGGACGGACCCUGCCGCUGGCCCCUCUGACCGGCUUCCUCGGCCAGCCUGAGUCCCUCAGACCCUCCACC